AUAUGAAAGUAGGUCAGUGGCUGAUGCGAAGCUGGAAGAGAGUGGAAAGGAACCAGGUUUAGCACACAUUAAAUUUUCUACAAUCAUGUCGUCAUGUGAGUAAAAAUAAAAUAUUUCCAGGUUUUAUACAUAUGUAAUUUAAACUUGAGAAAACACUAUGUUUCUUCUGAAUGACAAUAAUAAAAUAAUCUCAAACUAAUUUAUGAGAUGCCCAUGAGCCAUGACUGACGCCCGGCACGGUCUAUGAUGCUUGGUCAGUGUCACUCGCUGAGUCAGUGUCUGGUGCUCCUGUGAGUGAGUGAUUCAGUGAGUGAAAUAACCAAGCAAGACUAAUUACGGCCAAUAAUGAACCCGUACUACCAUGGUCCUUAUAUUUCAUAAUUAUAUAUUUUGCACAAAUUCAACUUCUUUAUUUCCCGCACUUAAAAAUUAUUCUCUUCCAAUCAGUUUGACGUUUGAAUGAAAUUUAAUUCAGAAUGAGCUGAUGCAUUCAGUCCAGAUGAAAUUAUGAAUAAUAUUAAUAUGAUUAGCUAGUACUAUAGGGUGACCAAAUCAUGAAAUGGAAAAAACUGGACACUUUCAAGGACUUUUUUUGGGGGGGGGGGGGGGAGCACCCACCACCAAAAGAGGGAGGGGGGGGGGGGGCCCCCCUCCAGAAACUGUUCAUUGAAAUAUGCUAUGCUCAUUUUAACUAUGUAAUCUAACCUAGAACUAGAAAUCUACUAGGGCACUCAGUCUUUUCCUAUGUUUCACUGAUGUGAUGUGUGAUGAACGUUCACCAUGGCCAAUACUAAAAACAUUAUUGCAAACUGCACUCGGCUUCACUUUCAUAGUGUCCCUUUUUAAUAUAGUUCCACUCUUUGGUUCAAUACUCCUCCAUAAACUUACUUUGACGCUUUGGCAUAAUUAUUGUCUACAUGAGAAGAUAAUAUAAAAUUUAAGAAUAAAGUUCAACACCCAAAACAAACACUUGUGACUCUGACGCGAACAGGCCGGCAGGGAUCACACACAAGGUUUAUUUGAGCUAGGUGCUACUGAGAAAGUUGUCUGCAUACUUAGUAGUUAUUAUUAUUCUCUCUCACAAACAUUUUAAUGAUAUUUUGUGUAAAAAUUAGCAUAAAGUACUCGACUUGGGUGCUUAUCCCAUGAGGCAUAUUUAUAGUCUCCAUUUUUUACUAAAAAUUCAAAGGGGUCAUAAGCUGUUUUAUUUCUGCUAUGCCAUAGCUAUCAAUUAAUAUGUUUGUGUACCUGCAGAUCACAUUAUAGCCUGUCACUGGUAAAAAUAAAGUUUACACUGUUGAAAUAGACUGUUUAAUACCAUAUUGACCAUGUAAAGUCAGAUUUUUGAAACAACGAAUGAGAAUGUGGUUUGUAAAAACUACCAAGUCACCUGAGAUUAAUUUUUAUAAAAAGCUGUUUUUCUGUAACAUCAUUUAGGCCUAGGAGCCUGAUUUUAGUCUAGUAACCACAGCAAGCUGUAUGGAGGAUGGAAAAGGAGUUGCUUUUGAGUUCUAAAAAUUGAUGCCAAAUGAUAUGCAGCUUACUUAGAGGAUCUUAUAAGAUAUGCCAAACUAACAUUGCUGUGGGAAGCAUUACAAAAAUGGAGAGAAAAACAUAUCUAGUUCUCUUCAUUUUUGCAAUUAGCUGCGGUUCAGCCAGAAUUAAAUAAUUAUGUCACACAAUGACUUUAUUCAGCUAGGAAACCAACAAAGCAAUUGUUGAAUUACAUCUUACUAUUAUUAGAAAGACCUUACCAUCGCCUAGACAGCCCUAAAACAUAUGCUAAUGUGCUUUUCUUAGACCUUUCAUCAGCAUUUGACACAAUCCAACAACCCCACCAUAUGAUUCAGAAGGUUUAUUUGUAAGAUGUAAAUUCGAAUGUUCAAUCCUGGAAACUGAAAAUUUUAACCAAUUGUCCACUAUAUGUCAAGGUGGCUGACCAAAUAUCAUUAUCUAGACAAAGUAAUACUGUGGUGCCACAAGGUUGCACUCUCUUCCCUGUUCUGUAUACAAUAUAUACCAAUAAUAGUCAGUGCCCAAGGUAAUACAGUUUCAGCAUGAACAAACAAGUUACUUAUUUUACAGUGCAACUAUUGGAACUAAGCUUCAGUAUUACCUGAUGGUUUGGGAAUUCAUCAUCUAACUUCAAAUACUGAUUAUCCGGUACAUAGACUAAUCAAGAGAGCUAGUUAUAUCACUCAAACUAAACAUUUUUCAUUUGAAGACAAAUGAUAUUGUAAAAUGAACAAAAAAUUGAAUGAUAUAUCACACCCUCUACAUCACAGAUACCCAAGAUCAACACAAUGAGGGUGAAUUUUGUUCCCUUAAGUAAGGACAGAAAGACAUUAAACUUCUUUUGUUCCCCAGUCUGUAAGAUUUACCUGAGUGCUCCAGCAGCAUUUACUAAAUCUAAAUGAUGACUAAUUAAAUCAUUAUUGUUGCUAAUGGAGUUUAUUAUUUAAUUAUUUGGGGGGGGGGGUAAAUGAUGGCACAUUUUUACAAUAGAGUAAUAUUUAGAUGACUUGUGUUAAAAUUGUUCUACUUGUAAAAUGAUGUCUUGAUUAAAAUAUAUAUUUAUUUAUGAGCUUAGUUGAAAUUGAAUAUGUGCAAUGUAAUAACAUCUUCUACAUCAACAUUACACCCCUUACCUUCUCAGUGCGUAAAUAAUAUACUUAUGGAUGGUUCCCAGCCCAUCCUAUUUCUCGUUCCUUACACUGCAGGGUGUAGAAAGGGGUUAACCAGGGCCAAUGUAACCAAAAACAGUAGUAUACCUGUAAAAACAGAAUCAAUGGUCACCUUAAUUAUUAGGGGUGUGCCGGAUCCGUUUUUUCCAACCGGAUCCGGAUUUUCUUAUGCGAAAUCCGCCGGAUCCGGAUACCGGUUUCUCCCGGAUUCCGGAUUUUGGUACUAUUGGUAGAUACUUCGGUAAGUCAAGGUGGACUACUACUUUUUGUGUAUGGGAAUUCGCAAUCGGCGCCAAAAAAUCCGAGUUUUUAAUUUUCCGAUGUGUGUGUCUAUUUAUUAUUAAAUUAGUACUUUCGAUAUAUAUUUGAGUUCCGUUCCAUUUGGAUAAGUGUCUUACGAGAGACGCCAUGUUUCUACGCGUUCGCAGCAGGUCAUGCAGCUCGCUCAACCUAAUUUCGCCAUGGGGUUGGCCACGCCCCCCUUUUUAAUGGCGGAAGUUGACGAUACUUAGGAAAUAUUAAUUUAUUAUCACUAUUUACAUCAAAAUAAUUGAUAACUUGUGUUUCAGAAUGCAUUUAAAGACAUUUAAACUGGAAUGUUUUAAUUUGAGCUUUAACAACCCGGUAGAAUCCAUAUUAUAAAUGAUCAGAAUUUACCGUGUGCAACACGUUGUCAUUGGCAACCAUUCACAGCCACUUGCAUAACUGUAUCGUAGUACUACCUCAGAGUUUCAUUCAUAAGAGUUUGCCGUGUGCAAAAACUAUUAAACCAUUGGUCAGGGAAAGCUUUAAUUAAUUAUUCAUGUGCCAAAGUUGAAAGUUUAAACUAAGUCUAAACAGUAUUUUAGUGAUAAGGCAGGGAAUGCGUUGCCUUAUAUAAACUAUAUAGUCAUUGCGCAUGACGGGAUUGGUGGAAUGAGAUCACAGAAUGUGGAGAUGCAGUCCAUGUUAAAAAAUGACAAACCAAGUCGUACUUUAAAAAUUCAUAACUUUAAAACUACAACAGCUAAAAAUAUGAUUUUGGUGUUAUAAUUCUUUAAAAAAUUACAUCUUUUCAACUAUGCCAUUGGUUUAUUUUUACAAAAAGUUUACAUUUUCUUAUCAAAGUCCCUACACUAUUGGCCACUAUUAGCGGUGCUGACUCUAGCCUCUGGUAUGUACGGAAUAUUAAACAUUAAACAAGCUCAACGCUCGAAACAAUCGAUUAAUGUAUCGUGAUCGUGUGAAAUUCGGGAAAGAGAAUUACUUUUAUUUCAGAUUAUGAUCCGGUGAGUCACAAAAUCUGGCAAAUUCCGAAAUCCGGAUUAUUCCGGAUUCCGGAAUCCGGUUGUUCCGGAUACAUGUAAAUCCGGCGGAACCGGAUUUCACCGGAUAGUGCAAAAUCCGGCGGAACCGGAUUCCGGACCGGGGUCCGGCACACCCCUAUUAAUUAUGUACUGAAAUUGCUACAUCAUGGACCAUAAAUCACAUACUAUUUAAAGUAAAACAUUUUUAUCAAUCAAAACAUUCAUUUAUUCAGAUAAUUCAGAAUUCUAACAUUGCCUCAAACUCCACUCACAAUCCCCAUACCCAACAACAUUCAAAGGCAACACUGAUUCUUAUCCCUGACUUCCAUUACGAAUGACAUCAAUAUUUAAGUUACUGUAUCUCAAAGGGUUCCAAAGAAAAUUUGAAGUCAGUCAUUAGUACUAGUGAAAAAUUUGGAUGAGCUGUUUGAGAAGAAACUCUUGGUUCAGAGAAUGAAUUAUAUUUUGGAUACAAGAGAAAGGUCGCUCUGUUAUAGAAUAAAAACUAUAACGCAUUAUAUUAUCAUGCAGUAGAGUAUUUAAAAAAUGCAUUUUUUCAUGGAGCAGUGAUUAAGUUCUGUUAACAUUCUAUGACAUAUUAGACUCCAUUCUCUGACACUGUGUACAGAGGGAAUAGCCAGACUGCAAUAAUCAAUAAUGCAAUGCAUGUUAGGGGUAUGAAUGGCUGGGCUGAGGUGGAGCAUUAUGUCUGACUGAUGGCAGCACAAGAGGUGAGGAGUUGGGAAGAUCAGGGGGAGAGAAUGUCUCUCUGACCUUAUGUUGGCAACUCCUUAUUAUGCCUUAUAAGGGUAUGGUAGUUAUGUUGAAAACAACUUGGUACAAACUGGGUGUUGGCAAAUGUUUGUUUAAAAAUUGAAUGUUAUAUCAAAGUAGAAAUUUGAUAGUUUAGUAACGAUGUGCUUUAAAAAAAACAAAUUUAGAACAUUGUUGUUUUUUUUUCUUAACUCAAGUUUAAUUGACUAGUUUGCACAUCAGACAAAAAGAAUUAAUAUUUAUUGUUUACAUGUUACGGCGUUGUAUCUGAAUGAUAGUUAGGCAGACUAGAGCAAACAAUCUCUUUUCACCUAGUUAGGUCAUUCGGGGGAAUGGCCUGAGGAGAAAUGAGUCAUUGUCAUACUGUAUCACAUAGAUGAGAUCACCCUAUUGAUUACUGAGCUGAAGUAUUGAUUAUUGUUUGUCUUUAUAUUAUGUAGGUUUAUGUGUUUUAGAAUGGAGUAAAGUGUUGACUUAUUAAACUUACUUGUGGAAAUUAUAAAUUAUGUAUUUGUGGAUUUCUUUUCCAAAUCAUGUUUUCAGUGCUUAGCUUCUCCCUGUUCUGGCUAAAUUAGAAUUCUCCAUGACAAUUUCUGUCAGUCUCUGCAAUGUUAUGUUUAUUGUGAAUGCUCCUUCAUAUUUUACCUGUACAGAGUAUAUAUUGUUGAACAUGUACUCCUUUCUGAACUUAAAUGUGAAUAAAAAUGAAAGAUUUGAUGCUGCACUAAUAUUCUCUUAGUGCAGAUUUAUUAUCUCAUUUAGUAUGCACAAUUUACACCGGGUUAUGGUUGGAUAUAAGGUUUUUUUAAAUUAUAGAAACUGAAGUGUUAAAUUUUUGCUAGAAAUUUAAGCAAAAAUGAAAGAAAAAAUUGGGAUUAUUAACUGAUAUAAAUAUUUUUUGUAAUCUAUUGUUAUUUAAAUUGCUUUCUAUUUACAGGGGAAUAAGUUUAAGGAUAAGAAUAUAUAAAUAUUAAAUGUGUUGAUUAAUAUCAAUAAACAGGAGAGUAGAGUUUGUAUCAAAUCACUAUGAUAUAGUUUUGAACAUUUUCCCUGUAAUCCUCUUCCUAAAGCAGCCCUGAAAUGAGAGACUUUGUUUCAUUGAUCCUUAUUGAUCACCUUUCUGUUGCAUGCCAUGCUCUGCUUAACCAAGUGUGGUUACCCUCACAGAACAUGGCAAGCUGUGCUCUCCUAAAGCAUGUGCUGUUGCAUGCUGUGCUCUGCCUAACCAAGUGCUAUUGCCCUCACAGAACAUGGCAAACUGAAGUGUUACUUGAUGGGGUGAAGUCUCUACUGAGAGGGAUUUAUAAUUUUGUAUAUUCUUAUAUACACUUGUUUCAUAAAUCAAUUUUUAGAAAAUUGUCUAUAGGCAAAGUUAAUGUUCUGCUCCAGUCAUUGCAGCUUACAAUAUGGAAAAGACAUUGAUCCUAUUUGCAAUUAUUCGUUUAGCCUGUUAUUUUAUAUCCAAGUUAAAUGAAGCAUUUAACCACUCUUGAAUUCAUAUUUUAUUUAUACAAGUUCUAUUUAUUACUGACAGAAUUAUUUUUUUAAGCUAAAGUAAUAUUCAUAAUUCAUAGCAGUACUAUUUCUGAAUGUUUCAAACAUUUUCACCUUUGUAUUUGAAUAAAAGCAGUGUAAAUUCAUCCUAAAUGAAAAAUGAGGACAUGUAUAUAUUUAUCAUAGUAACCUAACAUCAUUGUUUUGUCAUUUAUGUAUUUCAAAAUCCAUCAAGUCAGACAUGUUUGUCAUUUAUCUGGACUUAUUCCCUCACUGUGCUCCAAACACUAUUUACAAUGUUAACUUUGCAACUCACCCAACUAAGUUGUUUGACAUUUAUGUUCUUGCACUCUCUCUCUCUCUCUCUCUCUUUCCGUGUGGUUGGCUUUAAAAAUAAAAUACACCAAGGAGUUAUUAUUACUCACUCCUUACCAUAUGAUGUACUUGCAUUUUGGCUAUCUUCUGAAGAGCAUAGUGUAAAAUGUGAGUGUUGGGUUAAAUUCACUAACCUUUCUUUAUGAAUUAAACUCUUGUCAUCAAAAGGAGUUGGACACCACCACUACAUUUUAAUUUCAUUUUUAUUUUGUCUCUGAAUGUGUGUGUUUAUAUAUAUGUUUUUUAUAUUAUAUUAAAAGCAGGGGGUGGGACAUGUUGGUGGUUGAGUUGUAAGCAGUCGGUUCUUGAAAUAUCCUACUAAUGUGGAAAAUUAGAAUAAUGUGGAAUAAUUUAUUUUUUGUGUGCAUAAAUAAAAUUAGGGAAAUUUUCAGUAUGCUUUGUUGCUAAUUUGGAAGUGACGAGUUGGGCUGUAGGUUUAGAGGGAGCCAUUAUUAUGAAACUAAGCUGAGAGAACAUUUUCUUGUAAAUUUAAUGUGCUGAAAUGACUUGUAUAAAUCUGAAAUGAGUUACUUUCAGACCUUUUUAUAAUCCUCACCCCCAACAAUUUGUCUAGUCUUGCACACCUAUGAAUUGUUUCACUAUGUCUCGCUGCCCCUACAAAAAAUAGUAAUGCAUUUUCAAAUUUGUAUCUAAUUUAAUGGACUUUUAUCUAGCUAUCUGCAAAGAGAAUAGUUGAACUUAAAGAACAAGCAUGUUACUUAUUAUACAAAGUUCAUUAAUGUUAUACAUACUGUUACAAGGUUUAACAUAUUUAAUCUGCUUUAAGAUUUGGCUCCUUAGAAAAACAAUGCAUAGCAAUGGACUGAAAACCAGAAUACAAAGAAAGACGAUACCAAAGCUUGUGAUAUUAACUAUAAUCAAUUUAACUGUAUUGUUAAAUUUAUAUCAUAAAAAUAAAAAAUAAAAUAUACAUGAAUAAAAAAAAAGUUGUUAAAUUAAAUCACAGUACGUGAAAAAAGUAUAAUACUGGAAAGGUACAAAUGUUAAUCCACACACACUUUGAAAAAUCUAGUAUGUCUUGUAGGGUUCCUGUUAGUCUGGUAAGUCUUCUAAAUAAGUCUGUUAGUCUCCAGAACAAAAAGUCUAGAAAUUCAAGCCCAGAGAGUAUUUCUACUUCUUUGAAGAACAAUGUAGACCUUUUGAAACUUUUAACGAACUUUCCCAAUCAUGGGUGGUGGUGAAAAGCAGUGUCGGAGUUAAUUGGUGACACGUAACCAAAAAAGAGGUGGGAGGUAAGGUUGCAUGCCACGCUCGUGGUGAACAAAAACUAGGUCUAUGCAGGCUAAAUCAAAGGAAUUUGUUAAUGACGAAACAACAUAUAAACAUUUAUAUCGUAACCUAAACGCUAAAUCUCAUCUGUUCUUAAACCCCUGAAAUACAAACACCCCAGGAAACCCUGUGCUAAUUGAUCAAGUGUCAUAUUUUUUUUUUUACAGCAUAAAUAUUUGAAUCUGGUGCCAAUUUCAUAUUACUACAUUAACCUUUGUUUCUCUCAUUUCCUUACAGUGGUUCUUAUUACUGAUGCUACCAACUUCACAUCUGCACACAUUAUUAAGCAGCUACAAGAAGAAGGCUAUCAAGUCAGGGGUACUGUGACCUCAUUGCAAGACGAAGAUGCCAGAAUCAAACAGCUCCAGGAACUUGUUCCAGAGGCAAAGUUUAAAUUGGAAAUUGUUGAGGCAGAUCCAGCUAAACCUGAGACAUGGGAAGAGUAAGCAAUUAUUUACUGCUAUUAAAAAAAUUUGGAACCUAUAUCUAGGCUAAUUAUAAUUUAAAGGGUUGAAACCAGGAUCAGUUGUGUAGCCAAGAGAGGGGUGAAAGGGACAUACCAUAUCUGGAAUUUUGUUGAAAUGGAUAUUGUUCUUCCCAAGUUUCUUGGAAAUUAAAGUUCUUUAAUAGUUUUAUUCGAUUACUUUUUUUUUUAAUUAUAAGGAGGGAAUGGGCGAAAUUUUAAUUCAAUUUUUUUUUCCCCUCAUUAAUUUUAUGUUAAUAAGCAAAGUUCUGUGAUAUAGGUUGCCUAACUGUAUUAUAUACUAUAAGUCUACAGAUCUACUAUGAAUUAUAGUGAUAUUUACUUUUAUUUGGUAUAGUCUUGCAGAUCAUAAUUAUUUAUGAAUUUAUUUCAGGGCCAUAAAAGAAGUCCAAUAUGUCAUACAUGCAGUCAAGCCAGUGGCAGCUUUACCACCAGCAGCAGAAGGAGAAGCACCGGUGCAGCCUGCUGUGGAGGCAGUACAAAAUAUUUUCAAAGCCAGUGUUAAAUCCACAUCUGUUAAGAGAAUUAUUUUAACCAGCUCUUUCCAAGCAAUCACAGGUAAAUUAAAGAUGGUUGUCAUAAAUUUUCAUUUACAAGUAGCUGCAACAAAAGCAUGAACAAUGUGCCAAGCUUAGAUAUGGGAAACUUUGUUGCUUUUUCCUCACGUUUUUAUAAGAAAGUCUUCAAUUUAGAGCAGCAUCUCCCAACGUCUCUAUAUGCUGAGCCUCCUACCAAUUUUUUUGACUCGGUCUCCUGCAAUUGAAAACAAAAUUAUACUUAAUAAUAAUUUUUUUUAAUUUCAUGACUUAAACAAUAAAUCACAUCACUUUUCGUAGGUUUUCCUUUGUUGGGCAAUACUUGUUUAGCUCUCUGCAGUCUGCCAUAUUUUUGUUUCACUUGUGCUAAAAAUUUAAGAUUAUUUUUUAAUAUUAAUUAUUAUUUAGCUCACCCAAAUAGCUCUGAACUUAGUAUAUAGUUUUAUAUAUUAACCUGCUCAGCUUUGAGUGGGCUAUUGUUGGUUAUUUUUUUUUGUGUAUUUUCUUUAAUUAGCAUUUAAAAAUACAUAAAAUAAUAUUGGAGUAUUUUUUUUUUCCCUUAGAUGUGCAAUUUUUAACAAAAAAAAUUACUGUAUGAAGGAAAUAAAAGUUUCAAAAUUUAUUAAAUUGAUAUACAAAUCAUAAAUAAACAUAAAAAAAAGUUUGUUUUUUUUUUUUUUUUGAAGUUAUAAUUUUUUUAAAUUUUUAAAAAAUUACGCAUAAAAUUUUUUUUUUUUAUUAAAAAUUACGAAUUGUUAAAAUGGGCCUUAAAAAAAUGGAUAAUGCAGUUUAUUCUAUAACUGUUAUGAUUAUUAAGUAAACUAAUAUAACAGUGCAUUUUGAUGACCAUGUUAUAACUUCAAAACCAGAAAUAAAAAUUAAUGUUUUUGAAAGUAUUUUCAACAUACCAGUAAUACUUGAACUGUCACUAGCUAAAAAUUAACAUCAUGCCGUAAAUUCUUGCUGUAAUUGAUGUUAUUUCCCAGUACUUUGUGUUUCCCUCAGCUGAUCUCCCUACUUCCCAAAUAUGCCUCUACUAUAUAUUUUGUUGUAAUCCACAACUAACACAAGCUGACAAACUUACAAUAUGCCUGAAUUAUCUUUACAGUGUCUACAUACUGGUUUUGUUUAUUUGACUGCAUUUUUGUUAUACAUUGUACUGGACUUUCUCCAUAGGAUUAGGAAAUAUGUAACCUCAUCACAGAAAAAUUAAUCAAAAAAGAAUCUGCGAAAUAAAAGUGAUUGAUUUAUGAUAAUCUUAACUCUAGUGCUAAAGGUAGUCCUGAUAAACCGUUAUAGAAAUAACUUUAUUUAUUACUGUAGCCUACAUGGUAACAUAAAAGUAAACUAUUAAUACAAAGAAAAUAAUUUACAACCUAUUAUUUUAUAAUAAUGUGGUUCUUUGGGAGCUUUUGCUACCAUACCUGCAGAUUAGAUUGAAAAUGCCAACCAUGGUGUUCAGGGUACACUGUAACUUUAUAACACAGUAAAAGGGCUUAAUAUAAUAUUUAAGAUGAAUAAGUGUAUACAAUAUAAUAUUUAUCUCACAGAGCUGUGCUAUUUAUCAAUCAUACAUUUAUUAAACUUGUCAAUGAUUAAAUAUAUGUAUAUCUAUUUAAUAAUAUAGUUUAGACAAAAAAAAUAUUGUUGCAAAAUGGAUAAUUAAAAGUUAUUCUUACGUGUUUACGAUAACAUUAGGCAGUUGCUUAUUAUCCAAAUUGAAGUAAAUUCCAUGAUCAAAUUCUAAAUCUGGUGAGAACAAAUAUCUUAAGCAUAAUUAGCAAAAUAAAAACCAAUUGAACAUAUUUUCGUUGUUUGGUGACCGUAACAUUAUUUAAUUUUUCGGUAACCCACUGCAUUGUCAAAAACUUCUCUUCUUGCUGAAUAAGUUUCUUAUAAUAAUUUUGUUUUAAUAGAAAUUUCAAAUUUUUUAAAUUCUUUUAUUUUUUAAAGAUAAUUUAAUCAAUAAAACAAAAUAUAAAACUAAAAAAAACUUAUAUUUUCAUGAAAUAAUAGACCUAAACAAAAAUAAUUAUCCCACCACAGACGCCAUCAUUCUUAAAUGGAUGGUUUGUAGGGGUGUGCCGGAUCCGUUUUUUCCAACCGGAUCCGGAUCCGGAUUUUCUUAUGCGAAAUCCGCCGGAUCCGGAUACCGGUUUCUCCCGGAUUCCGGAUUUUGGUACUAUUGGUAGAUACUUCGGUAAGUCAAGGUGGACUACUACUUUUUGUGUAUGGGAAUUCGCAAUCGGCGCCAAAAAAUCCGAGUUUUUAAUUUUCCGAUGUGUGUGUCUAUUUAUUAUUAAAUUAGUACUUUCGAUAUAUAUUUGAGUUCCGUUCCAUUUGGAUAAGUGUCUUACGAGAGACGCCAUGUUUCUACGCGUUCGCAGCAGGUCAUGCAGCUCGCUCAACCUAAUUUCGCCAUGGGGUUGGCCACGCCCCCCUUUUUAAUGGCGGAAGUUGACGAUACUUAGGAAAUAUUAAUUUAUUAUCACUAUUUACAUCAAAAUAAUUGAUAACUUGUGUUUCAGAAUGCAUUUAAAGACAUUUAAACUGGAAUGUUUUAAUUUGAGCUUUAACAACCCGGUAGAAUCCAUAUUAUAAAUGAUCAGAAUUUACCGUGUGCAACACGUUGUCAUUGGCAACCAUUCACAGCCACUUGCAUAACUGUAUCGUAGUACUACCUCAGAGUUUCAUUCAUAAGAGUUUGCCGUGUGCAAAAACUAUUAAACCAUUGGUCAGGGAAAGCUUUAAUUAAUUAUUCAUGUGCCAAAGUUGAAAGUUUAAACUAAGUCUAAACAGUAUUUUAGUGAUAAGGCAGGGAAUGCGUUGCCUUAUAUAAACUAUAUAGUCAUUGCGCAUGACGGGAUUGGUGGAAUGAGAUCACAGAAUGUGGAGAUGCAGUCCAUGUUAAAAAAUGACAAACCAAGUCGUACUUUAAAAAUUCAUAACUUUAAAACUACAACAGCUAAAAAUAUGAUUUUGGUGUUAUAAUUCUUUAAAAAAUUACAUCUUUUCAACUAUGCCAUUGGUUUAUUUUUACAAAAAGUUUAAAUUUUCUUAUCAAAGUCCCUACACUAUUGGCCACUAUUAGCGGUGCUGACUCUAGCCUCUGGUAUGUACGGAAUAUUAAACAUUAAACAAGCUCAACGCUCGAAACAAUCGAUUAAUGUAUCGUGAUCGUGUGGAAUUCGGGAAAGAGAAUUACUUUUAUUUCAGAUUAUGAUCCGGUGAGUCACAAAAUCUGGCAAAUUCCGAAAUCCGGUAUAUUCCGGAUUCCGGAAUCCGGUUGUUCCGGAUACAUGUAAAUCCGGCGGAACCGGAUUUCACCGGAUAGUGCAAAAUCCGGCGGAACCGGAUUCCGGACCGGGGUCCGGCACACCCCUAAUGGUUUGUUCCCCUGUAGUCUAAAUGCAGAGUGUUAAAGGAAAUUAAACAAUAUUUUAUACUUACUUUGCUUCUUUCUUGAGAAGUUUAUACUUACUUUGCUUCUUUCUUGAGAAGUCUAGUUGACUCACAUAUUAAUAACUUGGUUUUUAAAUACACACUGACAGACUCAUUUUGAAAGGACAAAAAAUUUGUGUUAUAUUAAAAAUAAUUUAAACAGUGGUAAUCGUAGAAAAUAAAAGUCCAACAAUUUUGGUUGUGUUACUUUUAUUUAUCAUGAUUGUGUACAAUUAUUUCUUUUUUAUUUCAUCAUUUUGUAAAGUUAGCAAAAUGUAUCAUGUUUAUACAACUUCAGCCGGACCCACAGCAGCCACUGACAAAGUGUUUACAGAGGCCGACUGGGCAGAUGCAGAAACAGCAGAUCCAUUAGUCAAAUCCCUUAUUUUAGCAGAGAAAUCUGCUUGGGACUUUAUCAAAGAACUUACAGGUUCAGGACUUUUUUCUUUCUUGUGUUACUAAGUUCAAUGACAUUAUAUCUAGAUUUAAAUCUAAAUGGUUUGAAGCAAUGGGGUGUGGUGGAUUGGGGAAUCUUGAUAUAAUGAAACGGGUGCGUGUCUAAAUUUGAUGAGUAAUCAUGUGUCCAUAAGAUAUGCAUUAAUUUUACUUGUUACAAUGUUAGCUAAAUAAAAGUCUCACUUUGGAGGUUAACCUUUUCAAUAACCAGACAUAUUUAAUUCGCUGAUUUCCCCCACUUUUUUUUUUUAUAUUCUUCAGCUGAUGUUUUUAUAUUUCUUUUAUUUCUGUAUUAGAUUCUGACAAGAUAGAUUUGGUUGUCAUGAAUCCCACACUUGCCCUUGGACCACCUCUGCUAGAUGCACAGCAAGAUGUAAGUAAAGAAUGUUUUAAGAAGAACAAAGCAAAUUAUAAGACAAAUUUAAAAGUUAAAACUGGGGACAAUAUUAUUACGUACACCACCAUACACUGAUUCAUUGCCAUUUUGAUAAAUACCAAAUGAAUUAAUUAAUUCAAGUUCCAGUGAUUUUAGUAAAAAAAAAUUUUUUACUCAAGUUCAUAAUUAAAUCCACACUUAAGUAAUAUUUGCUAAUUAAUGUCGAAAAUUUAAAACGAUUGACGUUAUUUUUUUAAAAGGGUGGUUAUAGAGCUAGGUAUUUGAAAUGGGGAACUGUCCCUCUCAAAUGAUUUUAAUUCCUUUUUUUUUUUUUUACCUUACAUAUCAAUUGGUGAUUUAAAAAAUAUGUAAUCAAUGCCCCAAUGACAUUAAAAAAUGCCAUCAUCAAUUCACAUGAUUAAAUUAUAAAAAUGUAAGCUUUCCAAAAGAUCAGGCCUGUUUACUCCUACAAUUUUUGCGUAUAAUGUACUAUUUUGAAAUUGUACACCAAGACCUGUCCCAAAUACGAUUUUAAAAGAAACUAGGUUAAAAAUAAAUACAUUCCAAUAUUUUUUCCGAUUUAAAAAAAAUUAAAUGAAGGACAUUUUCAGUUGUUAGUUAUAGCUUGCAUUUGCAUUCUAGGUUCAACAGUAAAUGGAUCAAAAUACGAUUGGUUGGAGAUCAUUUAAAAUUAUACAUUUGUCCUGCAAGGAAAAUGGAGUGGUGUUUAUUUAGGAGAUUUUGUGUACGGGAGUUUCGGUAUAUAUAUUUAAUUAAGUCUAUAGCAUGAUAGUGGUGAUGAUCAUAUUGUUGCUUUGUGUUUUCAUAAUGAACUCGCUAGACACUGCAAUCGUAAUAGCGUAGUCAACCUAGUGACAAUUUUAGUCAAUUCGGGGCCUUCCUUAUAAAACGCCCGGGGUUGUAGAUUUUUAAAAUUUUGCCUGCAGGAGGGUCUAGGCAGAAAGUACGUAGGUCAUUAAUAAAUUCUGCAAUAAUCAUCCUGAAAGUCCAAAAGUAGCUUAUUGAAUAUCUCAAAUGCUGUAAAUUUAUCACACAAUGUUUUGUGGUAAUUUUUGUCAUAAUGUUGCCAUUUAUUGUCACAAAUAAACUUGCUAGAUAUACUCGGAUAGUACUGAUUAAUAGAGAUAUUACAGUAAUAUUUAUUCCACAAUAAACAGGUCUGAUGGACUGACAAGUGGGGUAAAAAUAUUUGCACAUGGUAAAUUGAAUGGUUAAAAAAAAAAAGAAAAGUUGAGACUUCUUUUAUAUUUCUUAGCUGAAAUUGGGCUUACAUCUCCAGGUUGUCAAAAUGCUUCUGGACCGAGGUAUCACCGGAUGCCCCAGAGUUAGUUACUCUGUUGUUGAUGUUCGAGAUGUUGCUGCAGCACACGUGAAAGCCCUUUUACUUGAUAAUGUAUCAGGUAAGAGCAGGAUUUAAUUUAUUUAUCUACUGCUGGGAAUCAGAAAUACAUUUUUAAAUCCUGAUUAAAAUUUGCUCUACCAUCUGCACACAAUGACCAAAGAUAAAUUUAACAACACCUAAAAGAAUAGUUUUUCAUAUAAAUUCUUUAUCAAAUUUAUAGCAAGCAAUAUAGGGUGGAGUUAAAAAUUGGACAAAACAUGCAUACAAGUAACACACUUCGUAAGAAUCUCAAUAAGAAUCUCAAUUAGUGCCAAAUUUCAGCUUGAUGUGUUGACUGGAAUUGGGUAAAAUAGCUGUCCAAAGAUUCUGCCAGCCAGCCAGGAACAAAAGUGAAGUUAAUAUAAAGGAUUUUAAAAAGGCUGAAUCGGUUCUCCUCGCUAGCUUUUUCUGUGAACAUGACUUUUUAUAUCACCAUAAAGGAAUAUUACCUUCUGUGUCAAGGACACUUAACAUUUGUGUAAAGGAAAUUUACUGUCUGUGCAAAGGAUGCUUACCAUCUGUGUAAGCCUUACACUUGAGGCCUACCGUCAUUUUGCUGUUAAAUUAUUCCCAUUUUGCUGUUAAAUUAUUCCGUCCCUAUUUUUCAAAAAUUAUUAUAUUGUUAUGCAAUUGUUCUCAGUUUUCUUUCAGCUCUUAACCCUUUCUUCUUUCAUACCACCUUUUCAAUGUUUUUUUUUUUUAUGGCACUCUGUACCACAAAUUUGUCCUGAAUCUCCUAACUUACUAUUGAAAGUGCAUUAUGACAAAUCUCUGGAUAUUAGUAUUAGUUUUUUUCUUUGAGAAGAGAAUCAUUUGCUGUUUCAGGUUCAGUGUUGAAUCUGCUCUAGUGAAAAUAAAAUUUAUUAGCUUCACAUUCUUUCCUCCCCAGGAAAUCGUCAUAUUCUUCAUGGUGGCAACUUGUGGAUGAAAGACAUAGCUCUGGCUUUAGCUAAAGAGUUUAAGCCCCAAGGUUAGUUUUUUUUUUUACUCAUUUCUCUUUCAUGUUCCCUUGGUUUAGUUUGAGGUCUCGAACUAUUUAUAUUGUUUUCAUUAAUUGUUUCAGGUGAAGAGUAUUAGUUAUCUCAUUCCUUACUAUUGGGAUAAAAUUCAUCAUUGGGAGUGUCCUGACACACCUCUCCAUUUAUUUUAGAAAAGCAAACAAAAUACUGGAAAUUGUAAUUCCUAUCUUUGUGUGACUUUUUUAAAGUCCCUAUAUUUUCUUAUACCUAAUUUAUUUCUGGAUACAUUAAAUUAUCCACAAUUCGUUACAUUUUAUUUUAAACAGCUGAAAAAGUAUUAUUCAAAAGUGACUCAUUAUCCAAGUGUAGUUACUUCACCUUUUUUCGGGACAUUAUAUUCGCCACCUGGAAUGAGUUAAUUAACAUGAUACAGUAGACCCCGGUUGUGUCGACGGCCUCAGGGUCCUUGCCAUCGAGAUAACCGAUGAUCAAGAUAAACUAAAACCAAUAUGGCGGCAAUAUAUUAACAUGUGCUUGAAAUUUCUUAAUGUACAUGAUGUAAAUGCACAUGUUUUUGGAGUUGUUUUUGUACACAACAGCUUUAUUGCCAUUAGUUUGAUGAAGAGAUCGGCGUGCUAUAAAAAUGUACAAACGUGUUUGCUAACAACAUAAGGCAUUUGUGGAGUCCCACUUUUCCUGAUUAACCCGGAAUUCAGCGUUCGUGAGGCUAAAUAUUUUUCAGCUCUGGAUUCACAAGUUUUUAUUUUCUCUCGCUCCGGAUUCUCCAGUUCAGCUUAUUAUAUUCUGGGUCUAACAUCAACCUGUAAGAAUGCGUGAAAGCCUAUAUUAAGCGACAAGCGGGUUUGCUAUGAAUAGAACAGGUACUGCUGCCUUUUGUUUGCAAACCUCUCACUGCACUUUUCUUGUUGUGUAAGUUAGUUGCACGGACAAAGAUAUUGUAAUUUCAUUUCAGUUACCGGUACUGCAGUUUGAGGUAUGCAUGUUUCUGUUGUAUAUAAUUUUCAAAAGGCAGCGAUUGGUCAUGGGGAUCGAGAUAACUGAGGUUAAGUGGCAAAUUUGGCAGCAUUUUGUGCUUGAGAUAUCAGGGUUCAUCGACAUAACCGAGGAGAAAAUCCUGGGACAAAGAGAGAGUUUGGCGAUUUCACUUCAAAAACUUUGAAAAAGCAGGGUUGGCCAGUUAUAUCCUCAAGAUUUAUAUUCAAUAAUAUGUGACAUGUGGAUAUAAGAUUAUAUUUACUAGAAGUGCUGUGAGUUUGUAUGGUCUUAAAAGGCCUUGCACUACUUGUUAGUUUUGACAAUAUUCAUGUAAAAACUUAUAUUUGUGUUCCUUCUCUCAUUAGGCUACAGCAUUCACACAAUGAGCAUCCCCAAUGUUGCACUGUGGGGGUUGAGUUUAUUUAACAAAACAGCCAAAACCUUCCUGCCUAUUGUUGGUAAACAAAGCCAGUUUGACAACACUCGGGUAAGACUUGUAUCAGUUAAACAUAUUAAUAAUCUAAAAAAUGUUAUCAAUCCUUUUUUUAUGAAAUGUUGCUAGCUGUACAUAAUACAUUAUUCUUGUAAACAACAAGUUACUCUGCUUUUGACCCCUACUUUGGGGAAAAGAAGUAGGCGAUUUUAUGCUGAUAUUGUACAGCGCAGAUGAAAAAUUUCAAUCAUCUACUCAAUAUGUUGGUGUUUUUUUAAUGAGGGUCCUUUGUUCGCAGAUGAAAGAUGUGUUGGGUAUCACACCAAAAGAUGUUAAGGAAACUGUAGUGGAAGAGGCCAAUGUUCUCAUUGAGAAAGGCCUUGUCAAAAAGCCCAAACGUGUUCGGUGCCAAGGUGGAGCUGCAGCAGCAGAAGGGGAGGCUAAGGCAGAAGAUGGGUCAGAGAAAAAGGAAGGUGAAAGUGAGGAAAAGCCUAAAGAGAAUGGAGAGGUUAAAGAUGAAGAUGCUGAGAAAAAGGAAGAAGAGAAAGAGGAGGGUAAAGGUGAUGAAAAAAGUGAAGAAAAGGCAGAUGAGGAGGAGAAGAAAGAAGACAAACCUGUUGAUGAUGAGGUCAAGCCAGAUGUCCCUGCAGAUACAACAGAUGCUAAAGCAGAGAAUUAGCUACUUAAUAAUGGUAUCAUUAAUUAUUGACUUUUUAAUAUUGUUCCUUGCCGCCAUGGUGAAAGUUGAGAUUUAAUUUUUGCUAUUUCUCCAAUUUUCCUGAAAAUGGCAUGGGUGGAGAAUAUUACAUGAUCACUAAUAUAACAUUUCUUUAAGUUUUUUUUUUUUUUUGGUUUAAAAAAAAAAAAAUAGAUUGUCACAUGAUUUUGAAACUGAGAUUGAGUUGUUGUUUACCUGCUUUCUUUGUGCCAACCUCAGAACGGAGUAUGUUUUCCAUGUAUAUCUAUUUGUAUUUCAAAGUGAAUAGUUGAGAGGGUUGCUGACUUAUAAAAUAAAAUGUGUGUAAAAUCUCAUCAUGUUUUGAUGCUGUACACACUUGAACAUUUGAAUGUAGACUAACAUUUUCUUUCAACAAUAGAUGUCAGUUUUUUUAUUUUGAAAAAAUUGCACAUCUUUAACCAAAUUAAUUAAAUUACGAAAAAUUAGCGCAAUCUUCUCUCAAUCUUUUACAAUAAGCCGGCAGUUGUGCUUUUUUUGUAUGAAACACAUACAUAACAACACGAUAGUCUAAAUAAGUUGUUUCUUGUUAUUAAUUUAAAAAAAAAAAAAAAUAUUUUCAUCAAAACUUAUUGUGCAGCAUCAUCAUUAUAAAAAAUUGUAUUUUAUUGUGCUACCUGUCAUUUCACAUUUUGGUCUCUUUAGUAAAUUCUAAAUUUAGAUUUGUAAUAAUUUGAGUAUCUAUGAGAUGGUGUUAUGUCAAACAACUUUCGUCAUCAUUUUUUUUUUUAUGUCAUGUCGACAUUAUGUAUCCUUCACCCGCUUGCAAACAUGCUAUGUCAUAAUUUGAGGCAUAAAAGAGCUGCCAAUGCUUUUGGUGUUCGAUGGCUCAAUAACUAUUUUUUUAACAAUGACAAUUAUUUAAAAGUGGCUCUUUUGCCAUUUACACCAAAUACAUGUGGGUUUUUUUUGUUGUUUUUUUAUUUUCAUGAUUUGACAAUGACUAACAUGAUUUCAGUAUCACUUAAAUUAACUGAUGAAGCUGUGUCUUUUCAGCAGAAUGUUCACGGCUGUCUUGAAUAGCAUCAGAGCUGAAAAUAAUUAUUUUUUCUAUUCGAGAGUCAUGGAAGUUUUUUUGUUUGUUUUUUUUUCUCUUUGUAUUAAAUAAUGUUGAUUGAUUGAUUGUCAAUUUCAAAUGUUUUAUUGUUCUAUCAUUUCAUGUCCCAUAAGUUUAAAUGUAAAGUCAGCUUACUGAUUUUGAUGCCUUAUUCGAUUUGCACACCCAUCCAGUUCUGGGUAUCAGUAAUAUUUUUUUUGUUCUGUAAAAACUACAACAAAGUUUGCAUAUUUGGACAGGAUAGUUGUCUUAGGUUUAGUGGUGUUGUUUUUCUUUUUAAUGCAGUAUAUUUUAUCAAGGGUGAACCAAAAUAUGAUAACACAAAUACUUUGUUUGGUUUCAACUGUUAAUAUUUUGUUUGCAUUCCCAAAGUGAAUUCAGUUAAGAUUUCACACAAAAACAAAAAUGAUGAAAGUAUUCAGCAUUCUCAAUUGUACUUAAUUCCACUUUUAUAUUUUACUUGUAAAAUAAGAUUCCAUGUUUUUCAUAACUCAAUUUUUACUUUUUUAUUAUUAAAAAAAACUACACAAUUAUAUUAUUAACCCACGAACUGUCAUAUGCAAACUUGCUGAGGUGUCAACUCUUUUUUUAGAACUUUGAUAUGUAUCACUUAACUAUCCAAAACUACUAGAAAAUGAAUCCAGAGACCCAUUAAGUAUAGCUAUUUUGAGAGUAAUUUGGACUAGGAAUCAAAUGGUAUGAAUGUUGGAAUUCUGUGAGCUUUGUGAAAUGAAUGUGACCUUGACCUUUCAGUUCAACAGUGAGUACAAUUAGACUACUGUCUUCAUCUCAUACCCACACUGACUUUUACCUUCUUUUUAUCAUCUUAAUAAGUUUUUCAGGCAAAUAAAACAAUAUCUUUCAGUUUAGAAAAUAUAAAGUUACAGGGUAUAUGGAUUUAUCCCUGUGUAUCAAAAAAGUUAUUUGUGACUCACAUAUUUCUUUACAUAAUGCUUAUUCAUUAGUAUCCUAUUUUCCACUACAUCCACUAAUAGAUUUUGAACUGCUAUUAGUGCUAGCCCCACUUUUGUGAUUAUCACCACCAUGAGUAAUGCCAACAAAACUGUCUUCAAAAUCGCUUUCAUUAAGAAAUAAUUCAAAUACAUAAGGUUUUUAUUUUAAAUGCCCAAUAUCUGAUUUCUACAAGUUAGUUUUAACCAAAAGAAGAAAAAAAAUCAGAAAAUUUCAGCUGGAUAAAAAAAUAAUUAUCUUUUAAAAUAAUAUGUGCUAUAUUUACCUUAGUUCUCUAUUGAUAUGAUUUACUAAUUAGCCCCUUUUUAAAAACUCUUAAAACUUCUGAUUUCCUAUUAUAAUAUUAAGUUUACCACUGGCCCAUUAUUUUGGCCAUAACACCACAGAAGUAGCAGAACAACCAAUCAUUGGCUGUUAUGACAGUUUGUGGGUUAAGUACAUUUUACAAUUUUAAGUCAAAAUUAAGCUUUAGAUUGGACCAAUUAUUAUUUAAUGAGAGGAUUUAUUUAUUUUGUUAAAUUUGUACAUUUAUCUAUUUAAAUUUUAAUUCAAAGAUAUUUUCUCUGCUAUAAAAAUUCUAAUACUAAUAUAGGAUUAAAUUCUUUUUAUAUUAUUUAAAAUGUAAAUUCAACAUUGUAUGAAAAUAUACACUUUUUAUUAACAUUUGGCUGUAUUAAUAUUCUACCUGCCAAUCGUGAACAAAUUGUGCAUUCUUGCCUGAAUUAAACAAAUUUUUUAUAUCUGGGUAUAUAUUAUCUUAUUCUGGGGACAGUUAAAAUGUGUCCUAUUUUUAAUCAAAAAAUGUAUGCAAUAGUGAAUUUUUAAAUAUUUUUUGUUUACACAGACAAAUCAAAGUCCAGCAAUUUGGUAUCAUUUUUGCUAGUAAGGCAAUCAUCUACCUUAUAUUUACAAAAUACAGUAGCAUCUUAUUCAUUUGAUCUGAUUUUCAUUAUAAACAUUGUGUUGUGUUGAGAAGAUGUAUAAUCAAAUCAUUUUUAGAUUCUGGUCAACUUAUGUACGUAUUACAAGGGUAUUAUUAUUAUUUUUAUUUUUGGUCACUUUGAAAUUUUCAAACUUAAGCAAUUAAUGUGGAAAUUGAAGGUAUUUUAUAGAGAAUUACCAUACUGCAAUCUAACAUCAUAUAUUUUUAUACCCAAAGUAUUAUUAUUUAUUUAUGUAAGCCAGUAUUUUAUAUUUUCACAUUUUAUUUUCUGCAAAACCAAUUUGAAGCUUACAUUUUUUUAACAGAAGUCAUUACUGUUUAACCUACUUAAUUGUUGUGUAUUGAUAAUUGAUUGCCAAUGCCCAAUUCCUAAAACAUGCAUUUCUUCUGUUGAGUUUUUCUGUGAAACCCAUUGGAAUGGAUCCAUUUGUGUGAUUAUGCUAAAAUACUCCUAUCAUCACCUUCUAUGUUACAUUGAUAAGAUCUGCAAGCAAACAAAACAUGGUAGCAUUUGUGUUCAACUUUUAAAAAAACUUCUUUAAUACUUUUGUAAUUAUUUUUUUUUAGUUAGCCCCCACCAUGGUGCUUUUUAAAACUUUUUUUUUUUACAUUAAUGAUCCCCAUUUGUAACCGCCUUGAUCUGAAAUAAGUUGACAAGAGAUUCCAGCAUUUUGUAAGGGUUUUUCCCUACAACACUUGUUGGUAGGACUAUGAAACUGAUGUUCGUUUUAAGCUGCUGACCAAUAUAUAAUACAGGAAAAAUUCAGUCAUUUUUUAUUUGUUAAUUGUUCAUACAGCUGUCCCAGGAAAGCUAAAUUACAGGUGUACUUAAUUUCUCUAGUUAAGUCCCUAGGGGUAAGCUUUUCAGUGUUUAUUUUUAGUAUGUAUCCACCGUUUUUGGUGCCGGUACAUAAAUUAAAAACAACCGCUAGCGGUCAAAAGUUGACAUUAACAUGAAGCUUUUCUUUGUCAGCCUAAUUGAAACUGACCAAUGAAUAAAAAAAAAAGUAAAGAUCAUAAUAGAUGUUCAAUGCGUGCAGCAUAAUUGAUGAAACAGGUGCUGUCUUUCUUCCCAGCCGUAACUGUUACUUGCUUUCAGUAGGAUCUUUAAGGUGGCCGCAUGUUCAUGUCUAGUUAAGUUUCUGCUGCUUAAAGUAUUAUUUUUGCCUGAUUGUCUUUGGUUUAUCUUUGACGGAGCUUGUGUAUAAUUAUGUAACGGCUGGCAUUUAUUUACACAUAACAUCACAUUUUAGGUCUAACAUUUAAAAUAGUUGAUAACUUUUAGUACCAAUACAUUUAUAUUAUUCUCUUCUUGGGUUAGUAUGAGGUGUUGAAUUGGUGCCCUCAUCUAAGGCUAGUAUGAGAUGUUGGAUUUAUAGCCCAUGUCUCAUGUUACUAUGAGAUGUCGGAUUAGUGCUUUAGUAUUAGAUCUUGGGUUAGUGCCCUCAUCUUAAUUUAUAUGAGAUUUUGGAUUAGUCAUCUUAGAAUAUUUAGUAUCAGAUUUUUGUGGUGUAAAAAGCCUCUCUUCUUGGAAAUUAAAUAAUGGGAGAUGAUGGCAAAUUUUGAUUAUUUGGCAUAUUUAGUGGAAAGAUUUGAAAUAAUGUUACUAGUGCUGAUGAUAAUUGUCUUUACUUAGAUUUAGCUAUAGAAUACAUUACAAUGAAUUGAUUGUAUGCAAAAAAAAAAAAAAGUCAAAUAUAUUUUUAGCAGUUGUAUUAUAUAAUAAUUGCAAUUAUUGUGCGGAAAUGUCCACAGUUAUUGAAAUUCUUACAAAUACAAAGAAGAAGAAAAUAUGUACCUAACAAAUAUUAACAUGAAGAUAACGUAUGUUUUAUAUAUUCGGACAAUUGUGAAGGUUUUUUUUUUCACCCCAAAGUAUUAGAAAGCAUUGAAGCUACUAAGCUUAUGUUUUUUGGGAGAACUUUUUUUUUUUUGUUGGAGAAAGAAUUGUCAUUGAAGUCAUAUUUAAUUAUUUUAUAGUCUGAUCCUUUUGGUUCACCAAAUGUAAGUAGAAUUAAAUCCUUGGACACCAUUGACACUUUCCGAAUAAGAAAUAUAAUAUAAUGUGAAGAUGCUGCCUGGUGCUUCAAUUCAUACACAGUAAACAUGUCAUCUUAUUGUCAUAUGGACACUUUGCCUUGCCGCCUGCUUAGCUCAUUUUUUGCUAUAUACUUGUCAUGUGCCUACAUUUUUGUUUACAAACUUGAGAUACUGAUAUUUAUAUAUAUUGUCACUUGUGAGGCAUUGCUUUUUUGGUUUGGCUUUAUUUGAAAUCACUUCUAGAAGCCUGUGAAGCCAUCUUAACUCUGUGGACAAAAUCCGUACCAUACAUGAAUGAUACCUAAAGCCAGAUGAAACAACACCAUUCCAAAACCUAGUGCUUGAUGGAUGUCUGCAUAUAUUUUUUUAAAGCAUUUAUCUGUGACUUACAUUCACAUUUAAAUUGAGCAUCCACUGGAUCACUGAAUGUGGAGCUGUUUGACAAUGGCACUUUGGCUGUUUCAUCUACUGCUCAUAACAUCUGUAUAUUUCUGACAGUCACAAUAUAUCAGCUGUUCCAUCUACCUGCACAUAACAUCAAUGUCAGUUACAUUUGUGACGGUCACAUUUUAUCAGCUGUUCCAUCUGCCGCUCCUAACAUCAGUAGAAAUCAUAUUUGAAACAGGGACCAAAUGAGCAUCCAUUCAAACUAACUACCGUUCAAACUAACCACCGGUAGUUGGCCCACUUAUUUGAUCAUCUUAAAAGAGUCAGUUGCUCAAAGAUUGGAAAUCUCUGAGAUAAUCUGUUGUGUUUUUUAUUGGAAUGACUCCCCCCUGUCGUUUUGUGUCUCUUAGUCAUUUUGUUUUUGGCAGAUCAACAUUUUACUCUUAUGAAAUUAUUAAUUUUUUUUUCAUUGCUCUGAUCAAAAAUAAUGUCAGCAUUUUUGUUUAUUGUAGUGAGUCUUAAGACAAGCAGCAUGUGUUUCAUUUUGAUGUUCCAUUUUUCAUAUAACUGAAUGUAAAAGUUGGUGCAAUUUAUUGAUUUUUUUUUUUUAAAGUUUAUCUUCAAUAAAAUAGUGCAAUUUGUUUAGUGAUGGGUCAGUUUUGAUAUUCACCAAUAAUCCAUGACAAACCCCAGAAGCCGACUGAAUCAGUUCAACACAUUUGUGUUUUAAUUAUCACUUAUUUCAACAUCUCAGUGGUGUCUAUCAAGUGGUGUCUAUUAAAGGAGUUGCCAUCAAAACUUGAUUGUGUGUACAUAGUUAUAAAUAUGAGCUUGUAUAAAGUUAUUUUCUCUUGUGUAUUUGCAUGUUGCAUUUUUUUUUUCAAAACAAAAUUUCCUGGCUUUAAUUUUUUUUUUUAUUUGCUUCUUGUAACCUCUUAUUUUUCUAAUUUUAAUACUCAUACUAGUCUAUAUUUACAUCUUUUAAACUUAAUCUGUGAAAUAUAAUGUUUUGCUUUUUAACAAAAAUGUAAUAUUUUAAAAUGUUUGAUUACUGUUCCAUAAUUUUUCUUUUUUACUCUUUUGGCAAUCCCAACUUACAAAUUAUGUUUCCUUGGUUUAUUGACAGAGUGGGGUGUUCGGUUUAGUGGUUAGUAAAUUAUUUUUUUCCUUUCAACCAAAAAUAAAUUAAAAUAUUAUUUUAAAACAUUAUUUUAUUUUUUCUUGCCCGAUUUGUUUGUAUUUUAAGCUAUAUUCUCAUUGGGCUACAAAUGCAGUUGUUCAUCUUGUAGAAAUAUGCUUUAUCUAUUACCAUUAGGUCAUGAUUUUGUAACACAGCCAGCAAGGUAAUGCUGCUAGGAGGCAAUCAAAUCACUGGCUAUGUUGAAACAUUGAUGUAAUUUUGUUCCUUGAAUUGCUCCAGCUUGCCUUUUCAAUUUUCAGUGUCUGAGUUGGUCUAGUAAAUUUAUGAGAUAUUUUUGAUACUCCUGUGUUCCCAAGUUUUGGUUACAGCACACCUUCAACCUAAGGUGGACUCACAAUUUACAAUCCCAAUUGCAGUUCACCUAAUUAUGAAAUCAUUGUUUAAGUUUCACGCAGGUUUCACGCCAAUCCCUUCUACCUAGGAAUCUCCAAUUUAAAAAGUGUUCCAUAAUACAUUAUUCUUAAGCGAAAUCAUUUCUAAUGACCAGCUUUAAAAAAAUAUAUAAAACAAAUUUCCCUCUGCGUCACGAUGUACAAAUUUUAGUUGAAUUUUAUUUGUGUUCUUAACAUGUUGCCUAACCCUGCUCUUGAUAUAAUUACUGCUAUUACUGCUCAACUAUAACUUCGCACUUAAUGAUGGAAUAAAAACUUUUAUUUAGAAAAAUC